UGCGGGGUUUUGGUGCAGUUUUUCGGGAUUUUUGAGGUAUUUGUAAAUUAUUGGAAAAUUUCCGAAAAUCCAAAUCAAUUUGCCAGAAAAUUGACAGUGGAAAUUCAAGCGUCACAACGUAUCGAUCAGUUGAAAAUCCGCAGAUGUCACACGUGAGCGUCAAACUUGGCUGAAAAUUUAAAAGCGCCAGAAAAUCUAUACAGACGCAAUUGCUAGAUAAUGAAGCAACCGGCAAGUGAGUCAUUGCGAAGAUUCCAGACGAAUUGGCGCCGCUGAAGACUGAUGAAGAAUCGGCCAUGUACAGAUCCGCAAUGUCCGACAGCAUCGAGCUCCAACACCUGGCCGAGGACGACGGCGACGAGGUGCUCAGGUUCGAGCAGCCGAAGCAGCGAUGCCGCAAAUACCCCUAUUUAGGGCUAGUGCUGGCCGCCCUCAGCGCGAUGUUCUUUUCCCUAUGUUCGGCCAUCGUCAAGUGGAUGUCCGAUGUGAAUCCCGUCGCUCUGGCCGCCUAUCGGUUCAUUGGCGUGCUCCUACCCACCAUUCCCAUACUGAUCCACCAGCAGCGGCCGUGCUUCCCCAAAGGCAAGCGCAUCAUGCUGAUUCUGAGGUCGUUUACUGGAACCACCGCGCUGAUGUUGAGCUUCUACGCGUUCAGGCAUAUGCCGCUUAGCGACGCUUCGGUGAUUGUUUUCUCUGUGCCGGUGUUCACCUCGAUAUUUGCCCGGAUGUUCCUCAAGGAGCCCUGCGGCUGGUUUAACGUGGUCUCGGUGAUCGUCACGCUGAUCGGCGUCGUUCUGAUCACCAGGCCGCCGAUGAUUUUCGGCAACACCAUCGCCUCCUUGGGCGACAAUGGACAAGCGCCCGAAAUAUGGGGCGCCGUGGCCGCCUUCAGUUCGACGCUGUUCGGCGCCAGUGCCUUUGUGAUUUUACGCGCCCUGAAAGAUGUGCAUUUCUCCGUCAUCAUGACCAAUUUCGGCACGUUUGCCCUGUUCCAGUGCUUGAUUGUGGCGUAUUUCAUCGGGGCGCUCUGCCUGCCCGCCUGCGGCCUGGACAGGUACCUCAUAGUGGCCUUGGCGGUGUUCAGUUUUCUCGGGCAAAUCCUGCUCACCAUUGCGCUGCAACUCGAGCAGGCCGGUCCGGUUGCGAUCGCCCGCAGCACCGACAUCAUCUACGCCUUCAUCUGGCAGGUGCUGUUCUUCGAGGAAGUGCCCAAUCGCUUCUCGAUCAUCGGCAGCAUUCUGGUCAUGUCUUCUGUGAUUCUGACCGGGCUCAGAAAGUGGCGGUUUGAACGGUCCCAAACGGACCUAACAGUGACUCUGAUGUGAUACCAAGAGGGUCCAUUGAUCUUCAUCAGGAGAAAUGUUAGGGUUUUCGUAUUUGCCAGGCCGUUUCUCCCCUAGAACUCGUAACUACUUCGUCGUUGUCGUCCAAUCAUUCUUCAAACUCAGCUGUCCAAAGGCCUUUUUGUUGGAAACAUCUUCGUUAAAUCUGCAGCUUCAGGAUUAUUUGAUUGAACAGGCACAUGCACAAAUCGUCACUUUCAAUUUGCGUUCAAAGCAGACGCAGGUGCUCGUUAACUGGCAUGUGGCCUAGGCGGAGAAGGGAUAUUGACAGUUGACAUGCGUCUAGAGUAGUUACGGGUGAACGUUAUCUAGUCAUUUUUGUACCGAAUAUGUAGCAAAGUAAGCUUGGUUUGUUUCUGCGCAUUUAUAAACAGUUUUUCAAUAAACACUUGAAGCGA